AUGGCCUUCCUCUAUGAAUAUGCUGUCGUAAGCCAAAUACCCAGGUCGUUUGAAGAAUUUCUUUCGUCUCCUGAUGCUAAUAUAACAGUCAAAAAGGGUGGAAAAUUUAACUAUGAGGAGGCUUGCAAUGAAAGAGAGAAAUUCGUUGAGGCAUUAAGACAAAAUGGGGUUGAUGUUCUUGAAAUGGAAGCAGACGAGCGUCAUCCUGAGUGUGUAAAGGUAGACGACACAGCUGUCAUAAUUAACGGGACAGCACUGAUGUGUAAUCCAUGUCGAUGUCACAGACAAGGAGAAGUGAACCCAAUUCGUCAUACUCUCAAGAAAGAACUAGGACUUAAAAUCGUUGAAUUAAAUACAGAGAACGCUCAAGUUGAGGGCAGUGAUGUUCUUUUUACAGGUCAAGAAAUUAUUGUUGGCAUUUCUGCUCAUACAAAUGAAGCUGGUGCACAUGCUGUAGCACGUGCAUUUCCAGAAUAUGCAACUUCGAUUGUUAAAUUACCGCAACCUUUUCGUUCACUGAAAGAUGCUGUCGGUGUAGCUGGAAUCAAUGUGUUAGCAGUUGGUGAAAGUGAAGCAGCUAAAAAAUUAUUAAAGGAAAUUGGUCGUGUUGCUUCACAUACUUAUAAAGUGAUCACAUUACCAGAAGAUCAUGCUGCUAAUGUUUUGUAUGUUAAUCGUCAACUGUUGCAUUUCUCAUCACAUAUGAUACCAAAAAGUACCGGGGUAUUUGAGAAUAAAAUUGAUUACAAUCGAAAUCAAGUACAUAUACCGGAAUUAUUUAACGCUGGUAUACCAUUAACAAAACUUGCCUUAUUCGCAGCACCAUUUGGACGUCAAAAAAAUAUCAUUUCAACAAUCCCAUGAAUAAUUUGAUUUUGUCUUGUUUUUUUAUUGUUUAUUUGUCAGUUUUCGCUGUAAUUCUCCUUGUUUUUUCUUUUAAUCGAAUCAUGAAAACGUAUGUUGGACUGGUUCAAAUCAAUUUAGUCAAUGAGUUAGUUAGUUUUUGAAGUGAUGAUAGUAGUUUGAGCAUAUGUGGACGGGGACGGAUGAAUGGAUGGAUGAUUACUAACUUUCUUUCUUUCUAAACGCCAACAACACUUUUCAUGAUUUGUCUAUUUUAUUAUUUAGGAAUUUUAUUUUCAAAUAACAAACCGGACAAAUAUCAAUAAAUCAACUUUAUCGUCAUGUACACCGAAAUUGUUUUUUUUGUUCUAUACACCCAUAGACAACAGUAAUAAUAAUAAUAAUAAAAAUCAAGUUUAUUCAAGUGAAAUACGCAUUUUUUUGUUAUUAUUACUAUAAUUAUUAAUAUUAUUGUACUUUAUUAAUUACGAGAGAAAUUUGUCAUUCAUUGCAAAAAAAAUUAUUUGAUAUGUGUUUUAUUUGCUUUA